AGGUUCAAGGCAUAUUAACCGCGCGACCGUUGACGACGCCUGUUGUAUCGGGAACGAACAAAUUAAUAAGAUGAAAGGAUUGAGGUACUUGGCAUUAGCAGGCAUAUUCUUCAGUGUUAAAGGAACUCCCAGUUGCACAUUUCAUAAAGAUCAUCAUUUAUUAUGUGUAUCCGACAAUGAUACUGAUUUUGAGCUGAAAAGAGGGCUAGUUUCUGAUAAUAAUGCUACAGAAUCAGUAACCUUAACAUCCUGUGGACUAUCUUCAUUGAAAUGUAAAGCGUUUUCUGGAUUACCCUCAUUAAAAUCUUUAGAUCUUUCUGCAAAUAGAAUACAAACACUACAUCCUUGCAUUUUCCAUGGCCUGGACCAACUGACCCAUUUGAAUCUGUCAAACAAUAGAUUAGAACAAUUUUCUGGCGCUUUGGAUGCAGUUGGUGAUAUUGAAGUUUUACACUUAAAUGGAAAUAAGCUGAAAACAAUUCCAAAUGAAGCUUUCGACAAUUUGUCAAAACUGACUGAACUGAAUUUGGCCAAUAAUGAGUUGAACGGGGCACAGUUAAACCCUCGGAUGUUUGAACGCACAAAGCGAUUGACACACCUAAAUUUGACCAGAAAUGAUCUAUCGGGAGUAUCAGAAAUGCUAUUGAGUGGACUACAGUCACUGCAGGUAUUGAUUCUCGACCGCUGUUUCUUAACUGAAGUGCCUUCAUUUGCGACAAGAGAAAACCUAAAGACAGUGAAGCAUUUGUCACUGAAUACCAACUUAAUAAGUAACCUCAAUAGCCCUACGACUUUUGUAAACCUGGACGAUUUGGAAAUAUUGGAUUUAAACGGGAAUGCCAUUGAAAGUGUCCAUGAGAAUGUAUUUGCUCCCCUUAAGAAGGUAAAAACGAUAUAUUUGAGACGUAACAGGUUGAUCAAUAUUCCGGACAAGUUGUUCCAGAAUCUGCCGAAGUUGGUAAACGUAGAUCUGGGUUUUAAUGCCAUAGAAAAGAUUCAGACGACUCCAUUCAAGAAUUCUCCGAUGAAAAAUUUGAAUUUGGCUGGGAACAGGCUGUCUUAUUUGCCUGAAAACUUUUGCCAUCAGCUGAUAAACGAAGGAGGUAGACUGACGAAGUUCUUGUUCAGUCACAACCCCUGGCAGUGUGCAUGCUUGAGAGACAUCAUUGAAGAGGUUAAGGCCUUAAAACUCGUGUAUAAUAGAGACAAAUACAGUGGACAUAACGCUGUGUGCGUAAGUGGCCCGCAAUUUACAUGUGUGAGAAACUGAAUAUCUAAUUAGGUUGAUAAAUUCUCUUGUAAGACUGUAGAUGUGUUCAUUAUAAUUGGUUUCAUAAUAAAGUGACUCAAAUCUUUGAAUGUGCAAUUUA